AUGUUUUGGCGCGCGCGCCCGGCGCUUGGCUACAAAUUCCAGCUCGUGGCGGGGAGACUUUUUCUGGACUUUGGAGUUGAUGUUGCCAUGACUGACCGCUACCAAGACGUUGACCCACCCAUCAGUCGGCUGUCUUCGAUCACUCUACCAACGACCCCAGUGCUUCCUCCAGAUUCAGAUCUGACGAACUUGUUGUCUGACUCCUUAUCUGUGACGACUAUCAACAGUGACUAUCGAGUUUAUCCUCUCAAAGAUCCUGGCUCGAGUAGCGAGUUUCUGACUGAUUCGAGUUCCCACUGGAACCGGACGUCACGCCACACUGCGGAGACCUCUUCUGACUUCCCGGAGGCGAUUGCAGAUAUCAACAAGCAAGGUACAAUCCACCAACUGAUACAUCAAGAAACUCACUAUCUUCGUAGUCUCGAUGCCAUUAAAUUUAUUUUCGAUGAAACACUGCGGCAGGCAAGACCGCUUGACAUGCCACCGAGUGAAUGGAACGUAUUCAUCGAACAGACCAUCGGCAAUGUCCUUCGGCUCAGCACAUGCAGUCGCAAACUUCUCGAGACACUGCACACGCGAGUGCGGUCCCUGGGACCGCUAAUUGACGGUGUAGGCGAGAUAUUCAUAAAUAUGCAGGCUGAACUCGAUGGUGCAUACAGCACUUACAUCGAACACUUACCCGUUAUGAUCCGGAACACGAAUUACAUGGAUGAAAAUGUAGGGUUCCACCGGUUCAUUUUGCUAUAUACAGAAGAGUACUUUGACCUCCAACACCUUCUGGACCAGCCCAGCGAACAACUUGGAAAGUAUGCUAUCACCCUUGCUGCUCUGCGCAGUGCCAACAUGGACAACAUCGUGGAGGCUGAUAAUUUGUCGCUGGCUAUUCAACGUAUGGAGAGGCUGCAGACAGCUGCACGGUUGUGUAAACGUGAGGUCCAACGUCAAUCUCUCAUCUUCGAGUUGAUACGCGGAGAGAUAGAUUAUGUGAGGGAUCUUGAAAGUUUCAAUACGAUUUACGUCGCACCACUGCGUCAUGCGGAUCCUCCAAUUAUACCAAAGGAGAGAGAGACUCAGUUCAUCCAGGACGUCUUCCACAAUUUCGCCGAACUGUACAUGCAUCAUUCAAAGAUGCUGAGCGAAUUCUUCAGGAUCCAGCGUGAACAACAACAUCUGAUCCGCAGCAUCGCGAAAGAGGUGUAUGAUGCGGUUCUACAUUUUCGUGACGCGUAUCUGGACUACCUUCUGAAUUACCCGUUCGCUGAAUACCAUAUUGACUACGAGGCUGCAAGAAACAGUGCUUUUCGAGCUUUCAAUGAGGAAUGCCUCCGGCACCCCGACGCUCGUGAGCUCUCUAUGAAGAAUAUGUUAAACCGCCCAUCACUCAGGCUAUUCCGAUAUUGGCUUCUUCUUGAGGCCAUGCUACAAGAGACGCCUCAAGGCCACGAGGACCAUGACAUAAUUCCUCGAGCGAUGGAGAUCAUUCAGACCCUUUACGAUGAGACUGAAGCAGGUGUUGAAUUAGCGAAGAAGAAGGUCGAAAUGUGGCACUAUUGUGCUAAUAUAAUCAUCAAGUCAGGCGAGCCUAAUGGCCUGGACCUAAUGAAUGAGGAGCGUUCUCUCCUCCAUUCGGGACAAUUGAUCUUGCAACAAGACCGGUCUAUUUUUGAGCGAGGUCAUGCUUCUACAAACCUACAUGUCCUCCUCUUUGACCACUAUCUUGUGAUGACGGAGCCGAAGGAGCAAGACAUGAUCACGAAAUACCAUGUAUACCGUCGGCCAAUACCUGUAGACCUCUUGACAUUGACUAUUGGCAAUGGCCCACCUACAUAUCCAAGAGGUCCCACCGUGCUUCUAUUCCUCCGAUCAGAAAGUGACACAAGGCGCUCCCGCGAGUCCGCUUUGCUGCAGAACCAAUUGAUCGAACCGUUCACGGUAUAUCUGGGUACUAUUGGUCAUAGGGGCAAACCAGACGUGUCGUAUACCUUUUUCACUUCGUCUCUGCCUGCUCGUGAUGAAUGGAGACAAAAGCUGCAACAAGUUGCCUGUCCGACGAAAAUCUUUAAGAUCAAGUCCUUAGGUCUUCACGAAGCCACUGCACUAAAUGCGGGUCAUGAUUCCACGAUUCCAUCUCUCGAGGAUAGGGCUUACAAUAUUGUGGGCAAAAUUUCCUGCUCUGUGAAGUUUGCACUGUCCGAUGGUGGAACAAUAGUCAUUGUUGGAGGUAGUAAUGGUCUAUAUUUAAGAUUCCUCGAUGAUUCGCCUGCUCAUUACCGUGUACUACAUCUAAGACUUGUCACCCAGUGCGCAAUGCUCGAAAAGGACGGUAUAUUGCUGGUUCUCGCAGAAAAGUCUCUAUUUGCCUACGAGAUGGACAUGUUGGCGCUGGCCCUAUCAUCUUCUAGGACCGCUGAACAGUCGGCGUCACUACCGCGACAACAACUGAAUGGAGAUACGAGUGGAGAUAGAAAUGUGCAAUUCUUCAGCGUGGGGAAACUCAACGGUCGUACACUCGUUAUCUACUCCGCGCAAGGACAAGGGGAAAGUCACUUUGUGAUGCUACAGCCGAUUGUAGGCACGGAUAGGGUAAGACUUAAGAGAUCACCUACGGCGUAUAGAUCCCAGAUUACUCCUCUUUCUCGAUAUACACUGUGGUUCGAACGGUAUAAAACAUUCACACUGCCGCUUGACUCCUUCGAUAUCCUUUUCCUGAGGUCUGUUAUCGUCAUACUCUGCUCGAAGGGGCUCCGUAUCGUGGACCCUGAAGACCUUAAGGAAGCGACAAUGCCGACGCGCGGUGCUCCUCCUCCGAAUGAUGAAAGUGCAAACAUGAGCACAGACAUCUCAACCGUGGACAGGUUCUUACGACUGGGUUUUAGAAACUCCAAUACAACGACGAACGUCCAAAAACACAAUGACCCGCGUCUGCAGAUGAUAUAUAAGAGGUGUGAAACAUGCCGACCUUUGGGUAUAUUCCGCACACAAGACGGACGAUUCAUGUUAUGUUUCGACGAAUUUGGGCUGUUCGUCGAUAGUGGUGGAAGAGUGGGCCUCUCAGCUCAAAUGAUAGAGUGGGAGGCGACCGCGGAGCGUACGGCCUUCCACCCGCCCUAUGUCCUUUUGUUCAACUCCAGAUUCAUCGAGAUUCGACAUGUUGAGACUGGUAACCUCAUGCAGGUUAUCCUUGGUGACGACAUGCGAUGUAUCUGCGAUGGUCGUAGCGGGGCGAAUGUCACUACCUCCUCUGUACUUGGCCCUGAAGGUUGGCAUGAAGGCCCAUCACAGGAUUCCCGGGUGCAUGUUGUGAUGCGAGCUCCUCGGCUGGACACAGGGCCUGAUUGUAUAUUUGAAUUAAUCCCUACCAUCCCGUUGUUCCUCCCCAAAUCCACUCCGCUACUCGAUUCCACUCUGCUGGCAGCAAUGAAGUAG